GGCGACACAAGACAACGCUGCUGCUGGACUCUGCAGCUUAUGGUUGCAAUCGAAGGUGUGUGCUUUCCAAGGUGUGAAGAUGCUGCCAUUAGAGCACCACCACCUCAAACAUGUCCUACAGACAGUGUCUGCCCUGGAGACAGCCAUCCUUCGCAGUUUUGGCCCCGAAGGAGGACAGGUGCUGUUCACCAGAGACACAGGACGGGCGAUGUUAAGUCGCAGUGGGACUCGCAUUCUCACAGCACUACAUCUGGAGAAUCCGCUGGCCAGGAUGGUGGUUGAGUGUGUUUGGAAGCACAGCACGGUAGCAGGCGAUGGAUCCAAGACCUUUAUACUCCUGCUGGCGUCAUUGCUGCGAAUGAUUCAUACAACAGCGAGCAAGGAGCUCAAUGUGUCUCGCUCUUAUACCACACAAACCGCAGAGGCUGCCACUGCCAGCUGCUUGGCUGAAAAACUGUUAGCAUUUGCAUUGACAGAAUUGGAUGAGCUUAUUGCUGCAAAUGUUGUGCCGUAUGGAUUUUGUAUUUCGUUGAAGGAUUUCACUGACCGAACACAUUUGCUAUCCCCCUCAAGCAAUGAGCAUUGCCAAAAACUUCUAUCAUCAUUUUUUCAUACACGUAUCGAUUAUGCGCACUGUGACUUUAUCAGUGACCUCAUGUGUGAACUGCUAAAUCACUGGAGGGUUAAAAACAACGGACCCUGUAUUUGGCUUCAGUUUUUAAAUAAUAACUUCCCAUCACUGCACACACCUGUGUCUGGCUUCCCUAUCACCUCCUCACGACUGAUUGAGGGCCAGGUAAUCCACAGAGACUUUGCUACGCCAUGUCCCCAAAUCAAGAAGCAGCCAGUUAAAGCUGUAAUUUUCACAGGCUACUUACAACCAAAAUUGCUCAAUCCAGAAGAGGUGCUUCAAUUGGGUUGUGGAGACGGAGUGACGGAGGACAGAAGUAUUGUGCACUUUAGUGCUCGGAUGGAAAGGUCACUAGAGGGCAUUCUUGCAAAGCUGCAGAGUUUCGGUGUCUCUGUGCUUCUGUCUGCAGUGAAACAGUCUGCAGCUGCCCUGGCUUUAGCCACACAUGCAGAGAUGUGCCUUGUGGAGUGUGUUAAUGAAGAAGAGCUUUCUCUCUUUGCCGAGUUAAGUGGAGCUACACCUAUUUCAGAGUGCUCGGUGAUACAACCAAAGCAUGUUGCUACGCUGACUUUUUGUCAACCAAUACUGCUUGGAGCUCAAAGGUAUGUCCAUGUGGGUUUCUACAAUUCAGAAGAUAAUGCCAUGGUUAAACCCUGUGGUCUGGUGAUUUGUGCCCCAGGGGAAGGACAGACAGACCAGUAUGUCUGUGCAUUUCAAGAUGCCGUUCGCAUGCUCCUUACAAUCUGGGAACCUGUGCAUAAGAAUGAGACAGAAUCAAAGAGAGAUUUGCAAGCACACAACUGUGCCCCUAAAGUACAUAAGGACAGUCUGAGUGAAAGCACCACAGCCAAACCUUCUAGUAUGCAUCACCUUCAGAAGUCUGUUAUAGAGCCAGGUUUUGUGAUACCUGCAGGUGGGACAUUUGAGUUCCUCUUGCACCAUGCUCUUUUACAACAUGGCCGCAGUUGCUCACCUUCAAAUCACACCAACGCAGGUGUCCCUGUUUCCCAGCUCUUGGCCCAUUCCCUCUUGAGCAUACCUCGCCGGAUUUACUCUCACAGCCCGAAACUUUUCCUUCAGACUCAAACCAGAGUCCUAAGUUUCACUACACAACAUUUCCACCCUUUCAUCCCUGUAUUGGAACAAGGACACAAUGCACAAAGCCCAGUACAGACCGAAAGCCCUCGAGAGGAUGACAAAGAAAGCUGGCAUUGUUGCAGAAAGACUGACUUGUCAUCAAAAGUUUUCAUGUUGGACCUAGGCCUUGAAUCCGUCUCCUGUAAAUACAAACUUCUUUUGGCUGUGAUGCAAUGUGCUGCAACCAUCCUCCGGGUGGACAUGAGGCUGCACACACACACUGCUUUACAUACACAAUCACGCAGACUCACAAAUACUUCCUGGAACAUCACAGAAGACGAGGCCGAAGACUAAGAUUGUGCUCCACUAAGAUGAAAUCGAUUUAUAUAUUUUUCUUUCACCACUAAGGAACCAUCCAAAUAAUUCAUUUUCACUUCAAUGCACAUUGAUACAGGAAUAUUUCAAUGUAUUUGUAUUUUUUUGUGUUUUGCAUCUUUGCAAAGAGAAAUUCUAUUUGCUGACAAUAUUAUGGUUUAGUUGACGUAUGAAUUAAAUUUUGAGGUUUUGCACCACCUGGCCCUAAAUUAAGGCAAGACUUUGGCGGUGACAGUAAGCCACGAAAAAUGUAAAAUAACUCCC